AUGAGAAAUCCUUCAAUUGAGAGAAAGAGAUCACCACCAAAACCUAACAUGUCAACAACACAUUUUAGAACAAGAAAAACUUCUUCUCCAACACGUUACCCGUCAUCUCAUUCCCUAAACGGGUAUUUCCCAAACGGCAAUAAUAAUGAGGUUGGUGAUGGUGUAGCUCGUAAAAGAACCUCAAAAAAGGACGAGGCAAUACGUAAAAAAGCAGAAUCAAAUUUAGCUAAAAAGAAUUCUCGUAGAAAUUCAAGACCAAUUCCAUGUAACAAAAAUGGAACAGUUUCCUCAUUAAAGCCUUCACAAGCAUUAACUGUCAGAGAAACAACUUUGGUGGUUGCAGCUUCACAACUUAUGGCUGCGAAACGUGCCGAUUGUGUAUUGGUUAUAGAUGAAGAGGAACAAUUGUCCGGAAUAUUUACUGCAAAAGAUUUAGCAUUUAGAGUGGUGGGGGAUGGUUUAGAUGCUAAAACUACUACCGUAAAACAGAUCAUGACUACCGAUCCAAUGUGUGUAAGAAGUGAUACAUCUGCCACUGAUGCUCUUAAUACAAUGGUUAAAAAAGGCUUUAGACAUCUUCCUGUGUGUAAUGAAGAUGGUGAUGUUGUGGGUCUUUUGGAUAUUACUAAAUGUUUAUAUGAAGCUUUGGAAAAGAUGGAGCGCGCAUAUGGUUCAUCCAAAAAAUUAUAUGAUGCUCUUGAAGGUGUUGAAAAGGAGUGGUCGUCGGGUCAAGUGUCUCCCAUAAUGCAAUAUAUGUCGGUUCUACGUGAAAAAAUGGCAUGUCCUGAUUUGACAAGCGUUUUGGAUGGUUCAGUGCCUGCUGAAGUUGGUUUGAAAACUACUGUAAGAGAUGCUGCUAGAAUGAUGAGACAAUUUCGUACAACUGCUGUUUUGGUAAUGGAGAAUAAUAUGAUUGCUGGGAUUUUCACUAGCAAGGAUAUUGUAUUAAGAGUAAUUGCUGCAGGAUUGGACCCUUCUACUUGUAGCGUUGUGAGAGUAAUGACUCCACAUCCCGAUACUGCUCCUCCUAUGACCAGUAUUUUGCAAGCAUUAAAAAAAAUGCACGAUGGUCAUUACCUUAAUUUACCGGUAGUAGAAGGCACAACUAUUAUAGGAAUGAUGUAUUCAAUGCAAAAUCAAGAAAAUGGUGGAUCGGAUAAUGGUUCAGGUCCUAUGUGGAACAAAUUUUGGAAUUCAGUAAAUGGAGAAAACGGUGAUGACAACGACUCUGUAAUAUCAGAUUCACUAGCUCCUUCACAAAGCGCAUCAAAUAUACCACCUGCUUCACCGAAUAUGCGUAAUAAUAGUGUCCGUAAUUCAGGCAAUGUUUCUCCAGUACCUGAAAUUCAUCCCGGUGAAUCUGCCUCAGUAAUUGAUGAUAACUCGGCUGUUUCAUUUCCUCAUUGCCAUGCUGAAAACUUUUUCACCUUUAAGUUUAAAGCUCCAAAUGGUAAAUCACAUCGUUUCACUGUUAAUUACUUAAGCCUUGAUAAUAUACGUUCAACUGUAUUAUCGAAACUUCCAUCAUCUGUAAAAGAUUUCACGAUUUCAUAUGUCGAUGAUGAUGAAGAUCAUGUAACUAUCUCAACAGAGGAUGAUGUACUUGAUGCUGUUAAAAUUGCUCAACGUCAAAAUUCAUCGAAAGUCAUUUUAUUUAUUAAUGAAAUCAAAGAAAAUAGGAAAUCUAUUAACACCAAUAAAAGAAAAAGAAAAUCUCAAUUAUUUGUAAAUAAAGGUGACGAUGAUUUUAAUCUUACAAUUCCAAAGGAUUUAUUAUUACCUGGCGCGCUUGUAACUCUUGCAAUUAUAAUAGUGGGUGUUUUUGCUAUUUCGAGGAAAUAA